CAUAUCCAUCACACGAGCAUCAUGAUCAUUGUUAAUUUUGUGCAACACAACCAUCACACCAUCCCACAACGCCAACUUCGUUUUUUGUUCUUUGAUUUUGUUCUUUGAGUUGAUUCUAUGAUUAUCAAAUACGGUUUCUCUCCACACCCGCCUGUUUAUGCGCCACAUCUAUGCCUUCUGCUCUGCGCUCGAUCUGUCGCUGUCACGCUGCUGUCUGAUCUAGUACGCACCUUGCUCGCUGUCUGCCGUACUCGAUUUGUCGAUUCGCGCAAAUGCACCAGUACCCGCCUGGACACCCCCCUCUUCAUCGUUGCUUGCUCUGUUCUCGCUUGCAUCAUGCUGUUUUACUGGUCACCGCUCUGUUCAUUUCGCGCUACCCGUACAUAUCCCUUUCAGCUACACCCGCGUAUCACCGUUAUCGUAUUACCCGCUUUGUUCACCACAAUCACUAGGACUUAUUUUCCUUACACCGUCGUUUCAUCCGACGCGUUCUUGAUAACUUGUUUUCUACUCGAAUUCGUGGAGUGGUGAUAUAUAUUCUGUAUAAUCUGUAGGCCAAAUCAAAGAAGGAUUGUCCUGUUGUG